AAUCCUCCUUUUUCUUCUUUUCCUUCAUUUCGUUUUCCAUAUUUUCUCGGUAACCAAACAGAGUCCUUAGAGUUUUCAUCUCGGUGAGAUCUCAUAUUCAGCUCGUUCCCUAGUCCCUUUUUGGUUUAAUCGAACCCGGUAUCGGAUUACUAUCCCAUUUUUCCUUGCAGCAAUUGGUUUUCCUCUCCCAGAUCAAAGAGAAAACGACAUGGGAUUCUUGGUGACCACCCUAAUCUUCCUACUGACUGGGAUCAUUGCGUCCUUGUGCACCAGACUUUGCUGCAACAGAGGACCUUCUACUAAUCUGUUCCACCUAACUUUGGUUAUUACAGCAACAGUCUGCUGUUGGAUGAUGUGGGCAAUCGUAUACCUUGCACAGAUGAAACCACUCAUUGUCCCCAUUCUGAGUGAAGGGGAAUGAAGUUCCCUGUGUAAUACUAUCGGUGCAUUCUCAGUAAACCAACAAUAUGGGUAUUGAACUGGGUACCAGAGUCUGAUAUUGGUUUCAAGGAUCCUUCAGUAUCUUCUUGUGCAUGUAAUUCUUGUUUGAGCGUGAACCUUGAAUUGGUUUUGCAUUGUU